AUGAUAACCCAGCAAAUUCCGCCGUGCAAUUUUCAGUCGCUUAUCGGCGGAAAUGAAAUCCCAAGAGACCAUCGAAAUCAUGGAGACCCUUUUGAAGGAUAUCUGCCCUUCUGUGAUGGUGGCCAUGAUGGUGGUGGCCGUGGUGAUGACCAUGGUGAUGGCCGUGAUGAUGGCCGUGGUGAUGACCAUGGUGAUGGCCAUGGUGAUGGCCAUGAUGAUGUCCGUGAUGGUGUCCGUGAUGGUGUCCGUGGUGGUGUCCGUGGUGGUGCCCGUGGUGAUGUCCAUGAUGAUGUCCGUGGUGGUGACCAUGAUGAUGUCCGUGGUGAUGAUGAUGCCCGUGAUGGUGUCCGUGGUGGUGUCCGUGGUGGUGAUGAUGUCCGUGAUGGUGUCCAUGAUGAUGUCCAUGAUGGUGUCCAUGGUGAUGGUGGUGGCCAUGAUGGUGCCCGUGAUGGUGACCAUGAUGAUGGUGGUGCCCGUGGUGGUGCCCGUGAUGGUGCCCGUGAUGAUGGGCAUGAUGGUGGCCAUGAUGGUGUCCAUGGUGGUGUCCAUGGUGGUGAUGGUGACCAUGGUGAUGACCGUGGUGAUGAUGAUGUCCGUGAUGGUGUCCAUGGUGGUGACCGUGGUGAUGAUGAUGUCCGUGAUGGUGUCCAUGAUGAUGAGCAUGAUGAUGACCAUGAUGAUGUCCAUGAUGAUGAUGGUGCCCGUGAUGAUGACCAUGGUGAUGGUGAUGUCCAUGAUGGUGGCCAUGAUGGUGAUGAUGUCCGUGAUGAUGUCCGUGGUGGUGACCAUGGUGAUGAGCGUGAUGAUGACCAUGAUGAUGCCCAUGGUGAUGACCAUGCUUAUGAUCAUGACCAUGAUGAUGAUGAUGGCCAUGCUUAUGGUGAUGAUCGUGUCCAUGUUUGUGAUGAUGUCCAUGCUUAUGAUCAUGACCAUGCUUAUGGCUGUGGUGAUGAUGAUGGUGAUGAUGAUGUUCACUCUUAUCCUUCACAACUAUAA